AUGGCGGCGAGGUUACGCUAUGGCGCGAUACCGCGACAGCAAUUUUCUACUUCAACUGAGGUGUGGGUGUCUGGUAGUAGGGCUGUGUCUCUGCACGAUCGGACGCCGUCGCGGCUCAUCGCCAUUGCUGGAGGCCUCGUGCUGAUCGCGCUGGUUUACGGACUUCAUCAUACGACCUCCGUCUCAUUGCUGUCGGAUCCGUCCAAGUUUCAGACUGAACAACGAGACAUUCUGAGACAUUCCAAGACAUCAACGGGUGACUCACAAGUCGAUGCCUUGAUCCGAGCGGCUGCCAAGGAGGUUGAGGCCGCCGCGCUGAAGAAGGUGAAGAGAAUGGAGAAGAAGACGAGGCUGAAUCAGGUGUUGAAGUCCAAUGUCAAAUCAAAGGUGACCAAGCUUGGACAAGCGGACGUUGCUCCCACCUUCUACGAGAAUCACAAGCCUGGCAUGUUGGGGAUCGCAGCCGUGUCGAAGUGGGUCCCUGAGGACCAUCCGGAAGGUCACAAAGAUUGUCCUCUUUCGGAUGUGGAUUGCGACGAGCUCUGGCCAUGGGGAAAGGUCCAUCCCAAGGACGCGGGCCCGCCGACGAGAGACGCAAAGCUGGGGGAUAACUUGAUUGGACUUGCGUCCAACGACGAUGUUGUCGUCGAAACAGAUAACAGUGGAUUGUACUCCAAAGCGCAUCCGUACGUUGAUCGCUUCGACCAUUGGCCGGAGGAGUCGAAGAAGAACAAGGAUCUUCUGUAUGGCUCUGCCAGGAGCAUCAUCCGACAGAAAUACACCGGCAUCGGAGACGUCUAUGUUCCCAUCGACAAAGUCGAAGAUCAAGAGCAUCUCAAGUCGCAUGCGGAUGACUUUGCGAACCUUGUGUUCGGCUCCUGGAAUCAGGGCUUCAACAAGCCGCACAAUCUGAAAGUGAAGAAGAGUGUUAGCAUGUUCGAUCAGCCCUAUCGGCAGCACAUGUCAGUUGCAUCAGGCAAUGGGAAGCAGGUAUACCACCAGCAAGGCAACUUGCCCAUUGGAAAUUCUCUGGGCAAGUGAGGAGGCGACAAAGAAUCUUUGAAGGUUGGAUGAGUGUAGGAGGUGAAAAAUGUGCGAUUAGAAGUUGACCAAACCGUUG